AUGGGGUCUGAGCUCCGCCUCCAAGGCAAUGCAUAUAAUAUCUUGCUCCUCGUCUUCUUCCCCUUCUACAUCGCCUUUCAAGCGCCCAUGGUCGUCAUCGCCCGUAAACUUCGCCCUCGACGCUUCAUCACCGGCGUCGUUACAAGCUGGGGCAUCGUCAUGAUUGGGAUGGGCAUGGUCGAAACCUGGCAAGCUAUGAUCCCCCUUCGCUGCCUCUUGGGCGUUUUUGAGGCCGGAUAUUUCUCGACGGUUGCGUACUUGCUGAGCGCGUGGUAUAUUCGACGCAUCUUGACCGCCGUACUGGGAGUCUCGGCAUACCUCGUCCUUGUCGACUUCCCGGAAGAUGCGGCCAAAUCAUGGCGCUUCCUGAACGAAGAGGAAGUCCAACUGGUGGUCAACCGAAUCAAUCGAGAUCGUCACGACGUCCAGCUAACUCCGUUCAAUCUGCGCUGGUUCUUCGCCCUGAAUAUGUGCAUGACUUCCGUCGUCAACUACACAGUUGGCUAUUUCCUGCCCAUUGUCCUGCGCGAUGGACUCGGGUUCUCUGUGGCGGCGGCACAGUGUCUCAACACACCGUGCUACGUCUUCGCCUUCCUCCUCGGCAUUUCCCAAAGCUGGUUCUCGGACCGCAUCAACCUCCGCGCGCCGCUUUUCCUCAUGAACUGCGUCCUCGAGAUCGUAGGCAUCUGCCUCCUCGGAUUCGCCAAACCGAACGGCGCUCGCUAUUUCGGUGCCAUGCUCAUCACCGGCGGUGCUUACGCCAACAACAUCGUCGGACAAUGGAAGCGCGCGUUUUGUUCGACGAUGCUUGUCGGCGCAAGCGGCAUAGGCGGCAUCAUUGGGUCGCUGGUGUUCAGAUCUCAAGACACGCCAAACUACCGACCUGGCCUAUACUCAUGCCUUACGGCUGCGUUCCUGUGUAUCUUGUCAAUGCUCACGACAACGGCGUACUUCUGCUCGCAGAACAAGAAGCAAAGUGAAGGAAAAGCCAUUGUCGAGGGCGAAGAAGGCUGCCGCUAUACUUACUAG